AUGAUGGCUAACUUUUCCUUGUUUGUAUUUGCUUGUGUGAUGAUUUCAUACCUAGGAAUAAAAGAGGUACAAUGUGUUGGAGUGUGUUAUGGGAGAAAUGGAAACAACUUACCAUUAGCUGAAGAUGUUGUAAAUCUUUAUAAAGCUAAUGGCAUAACAAGCAUGAGAGUGUAUGAUCCAAUUCCUGAAACACUCAAUGCUCUCAAGGAUAGUAACAUUCAAAUCAUGCUUUGCAUUCCUAAUGACAAACUUCAAGCCUUAACAGAUCCAAAAGAAGCUUACAAUUGGGUUGUUGCCAAUGUUAUAAAUUAUAUCAAACAAGUCAGAAUAAGAUAUAUAAGUGUUGGAAAUGAAAUAUCUCCUCUCAUUGCUGGAUCAUCUCAAUUUGUUCCCUUCCUUCUCCCAGCCAUGGAAAAUGUGCAACGAGUCAUAACCUCGUUCAGACUAAACGAUCGUGUAAAAAUAUCAACAGCUAUAGAGACGGGGCUAUUGGCGAAUACAUAUCCACCAUCUCAAUCAACAUUUCGCGGAGAUGUGACUAGUUUCAUCAAACCAAUUAUUGAGUUCUUGAAACAGAACAGCGCGCCUUUGCUAGCAAAUAUUUAUCCGUAUUUUGCUUAUAUUGGUGAUCCUGAUCAUGUUUCACUCUCUUAUGCAAUAUUUGCGCAACCAGAACCCGAUUCAUCAGGGUAUACUAAUCUGUUUGAUGCUAUGUUGGAUUCAAUUUACUAUGCAAUUGAGAAAGCUAUUGGUGAAAAUAAGGUUGAGAUUGUUGUUUCUGAAAGUGGAUGGCCAUCUGAGGGUGGUUUUGGAGGAAGCAUGGGUAUUGCUACUAUUUAUUAUAGGAAUUUGAUUGGUCAUGCGAAGUCAAAAGCAGGAACUAUACACAAGCCAGGAAAACCUAUAGAAACUUAUCUGUUUGCUAUGUUUGAUGAAAAUGAGAAGCAUUUUGGAGUGUUUUAUCCUGAUAAAACUCAAAAGUAUAAUCUUACUUUCUAG